GGGAAAGAAACCCAAAGUCGUGACUCUGGCAGAGCCCCGCGUGUCUCCAAAAGCUCUCUGAGUUCAUCCCACCAGCAAGGCUGUACAGCGUGAGAACUGAGUACUUUACAACUGCAUGCUGUGUGUGCCUGUAUGCAUCAGCCUUUGGAUGUGUGCAUCUUCUCCUGAAACAGCCUUGUGAUAUCCUACCUGCCCGUCUCUUGGGAAGUCCCUUGGAAGAGCCUGUCCAUACAUCUGUCUGGGUGCCUGACAAGGCUGCCUUGCUUCCAGAUCUGAACCAUGUCCCACCCGUCCUGGCUGCCACCCAAGAGUACCAACGAGCCUGUUGGUCACGUUACUGCAAGGAUGGAGACCACACACACCUUUGGGACUCCCAGCAUCUCGGUGUCCACCCAGCAGACGCCAAAGAAGUUUGCCCCUGUUGUUGCCCCCAAGCCAAAGUACAACCCAUACAAGCAACCGGGAGGUGAUGGGGACUUUCUUCCUCCACCCCCACCUCCUGUGGAUGACCUCGGGAACAUCACGUCAUCACAAGGUGCCUUCCCCCCCCCACCCCCGCUGGAUGAUGUUACUUUCAAUGUGCAGGUGAAUCCUGGUGGCAAGACGCUUGAGGAGAGACGGUCCAGUCUGGAUGCAGAAAUUGACUCCCUGACCAGCAUCCUGGCUGACCUGGAGAGCAGCUCUCCUUACAAACCUCGGACUCAACAGUUUUUGCCAAAUGUUGGGACACGGGUGGGGUGUGUCUCCCUUUCUCCCACCUUCAGUGGAAGGCCCUACGCUGCCCCGCCGGCCCGCCCGCCCGGUGCCCCGCAGUACGGCCCUCCGCAGCCCCACGGGCCCGACUAUGGCUACGCCCCGCCGCCCACCCGGCCCUCAGAGCCCGCCUACAGCUAUGCACCUCCACAGGGCCGCUACCAGGACCCCUACUACGGGGGGUAUGGGGGGAGGAAUGGCUCCGAAGCGCCCUAUGUGCCACAGAGCUCCUGGAAGGCCGAGCCAGCGUAUCCUGCUAGUAACACCAUGGGCCAGGCUCCUCCUGGGCUCUACCAGCCGCCCAGCACGAAGAAGACCUACAUCACCGACCCGGUGCUGGCCCCGCAGCCGCCUGCGCUGCAGCAGAAGAGUGGGUAUCCAAGCUCUGGACCUGCAUCAAGCACUCCUGCCUUCAGGCCUGAGGAUGAGCUGGAACAUCUGACCAAGAAAAUGCUGUAUGACAUGGAGAAUCCUCCCUCUGAUGACUACUUUGGCCGCUGUGCCCGCUGUGGGGAGAAUGUUGUUGGGGAAGGCACUGGCUGCACGGCCAUGGACCAGGUGUUUCACGUGGAGUGCUUCACCUGCAUGAUGUGCAACAACAAGCUGAGGGGACAGCCUUUCUACGCGGUGGAGAAGAAAGCCUACUGUGAACCCUGCUAUAUUAACACACUGGAGCAAUGCAGCGUCUGUGCAAAGCCCAUCAUGGAAAGGAUCCUCCGAGCCACCGGGAAGGCCUACCAUCCCCACUGCUUCACCUGCGUCAUGUGCCAUCGCAGCCUGGAUGGGAUCCCCUUCACUGUGGAUGCCGGCGGGAACAUCCACUGCAUCGAGGAUUUCCAUAAGAAAUUUGCACCAAGAUGUUCAGUGUGUAAGGAGCCCAUCAUGCCGGCCCCAGGACAAGAGGAGACUGUACGCAUUGUUGCCUUGGAUCGUGACUUCCAUGUCCAGUGCUACCGAUGUGAGGACUGUGGUGGCCUCCUGUCUGAAGGGGACAAUCAGGGCUGUUACCCUCUGGAUGGGCACAUCCUUUGCAAGACCUGCAACUCUGCUCGGAUCCAGGCUCUGACUGCCAAGGCCAGCACUGAUCUCUGAGUAUCGACUGUGACCCUCCCCAAGAUGCCUGUUGGUGGAUAUUGCACAAGCUUUGCAUGAUUUCUUUCCA